AUGGGAGCACUGUCACCGUCACAACCUUCAAAUUUGGAAUCGAUCUUGCUGUCAACAAGAUUCCAUGAGAACGAAGAAGCUAUGUUGGAUUCUUACAGUGAGUGGUUGGUCAAGCAUCCCUCUGCACUGGACUUAUUUGAGCAGAUGAUUGAAGCAGCGCAUGGAAAAAAGAUAGUUGUGUUUUUGGAUUAUGAUGGAACAUUGUCACCCAUUGUACAAGAUCCAGAUAAAGCUUUCAUGUCGGAUAAGAUGCGUUCUGCUGUAAAUGAAGUUGCCAAUUUUUUCCCUACCGCAAUUGUUAGUGGAAGGUGUCUUGAAAAGGUGAAUGGAUUUGUGCAACUGAAGAAUGUGGCUUAUGCUGGAAGCCACGGGAUGGAUAUAUUAACUCCGUUCGGCUCUUUGAACAAUGAAAAGCACCCACAUGAAUCUAGAAGUGUUGAUAAACAGGGUAAUGAAGUUGUUCACUUUCAACCCGCACAAGAAUUUUUGCCAACAAUCCAAGAGAUAAUUCAGGUGCUGGAAGAAAGACUCAAGACUGUAAAAGGUGCAAUUGUAGAAGACAACAAGUUCUGCAUUUCUGUACACUUUCGUCGUGUACAUGAAGAGGAUUUGGACACCCUGAAAGAAAUGGUAAACUCUACCGUGGAAGCUUACCCAAAUUUUCGCGUAUCCGGUGGUAAAAAGGUACUGGAGAUACGGCCUUGUAUUAAUUGGGAUAAAGGUCGAGCUUUGGAGUAUUUGCUCGACACUUUUGGGUUCAGCAGUUGCGGCGAUUUCCUUCCCAUAUACAUAGGAGAUGAUAAAACUGAUGAAGAUGCUUUCAAGGUUAUUCAACGCAUCGGACGUGGUUAUGCCAUUAUUGUUUCUUCCAUUCCUAGAGAAACAAAAGCUUCUUACUCUCUACGUGAUCCAGGCGAAGUCAUGUCAUUCUUGAUUCGACUUACAAAGUGGAAAAAACCCUCAACAGAUUGCAUAGAUUUAUUAAAGAUAUGA